AUGUUUGACUUUCUAACAACAGGAUGUGACAGUGGUUUUGGAUUUGAACUUGCAAAACGUCUGGACUCGCUGGGGUUCACGGUGUUUGCCGGCUGUCUGCUGGCAGACAGUGGCGGGGAGGGGUCGCAGAAGCUCCGUGCGGAGUGCUCGAGCAGGCUGAGUACUGUUCAGAUAGACGUGACCCAUGAUGGACAGGUGAAGGCCGCUGUACAACAUGUCAAAGACAGUUUACCCACGGGCUCAAAGGGUCUCUACGCGCUGGUGAACAAUGCUGGAAUCUGGCAGCCGGGAGAGAUCGAGUGGGUCAGCCUCGCCACCUACCGACGUGUGAUGGAAGUGAACACCUUCGGUACCGUGCGGGUCACCAAGGCGUUCUUGCCUCUGAUUCGUCGGGAGAAAGGACGGGUUGUUAACAUCUCCAGCGUGCACGGUCUCUAUUCAUCACCUUCUCAAACUGCAUAUAACAUGACCAAGAGAGCCGUGGAAUUUUUUUCGGACGCACUCAGGCAUGAAAUGCACAAAUGGGGCGUUAAAGUGAUCAUCGUGGAGCCUAGCAGCUUUGGUCGGGCUACAAAUGUUGGCUUGCCUGCCACCAUUGACAUGCUUGUUCAGAACCUGCGGGACAACAUGGAAGAGUCUGUGAAGGAGGACUAUGGCAUGGAGUACUUCGACUUCAAAAUGGAACAGAUGAAAGCCCGUAUUACUACAGACCCCCGGGGCAAAGACGCUACCCCUGUCAUAGAUGCUAUGGCGGACGCGGUCACCCUGACUAACCCCGAACAUCGCUGUCUAAUCGUGACGAGUUUUGAGGACUACGUCACGAGGAUCUGGCUGGGCUACUUCCCCACACGGUGGACUGACUCCACAAUCAGAGCCGAGAAGGAAGACGACCUGAAACCAGCCAUGCUACAGAAAAACAAAUAA